UUCUCUAGAGAGAGAGAGAGAGAGAUGGCCAUGGCUGCUGCCUGCUGCCUCAGUCCCUCUCCUCCCACACCUCGCUCGAGCAACCCUUCUUCUUCUUCUACUUCUUCUACUUCUUCCAUGGCUCCAAGAACGGUACAAGUCGCAUGGGGGAGGAACGAACAAGCGCAGCCGGGACGGCGGCCGGGCGCGGCGAGGGUGGCGAUGAUGGUGAUCGGGCUGGUGGGGAUGGGCAGCUCGUUCGUGGGACUCGGCGAGGUCACCGAAGCCGCCAUGGCCAGCGAGUCGCUAGGGACGGCCGCACAACAAAAGGGCAAGGUCGCGACGAUCGCGAGGUGGAGCGAGAAGCGGUCCUGCCCGCCCUGGCAGCUCAACUCCCUCGAGACCAUCGUGCCGGAGAACCUCCCGAGGCCGUAUGGGCACCGGAAGUCGGAAUCGGUCGGGCUUUCUGAUCACCAGGACGCGCCAGCCCUCAAGGCCAGGGCUGCCAAAUCAAACCCCAGAUGCUUCUCCAUGUAACCCACAUAUAAUUAGUACUCGAAACUCGUCUCGAGGAUUCUUCGGUUCAUGCGUA